AUGACUCUAUAUGCCAAUCGACUUAAGAAGAAAUUUUCCAAAUUGAUAUCUCUUAAACUUCUUGGAGGUCACCAGGAUCUUCUCUCGGGAUACUUGAACGGGGUAGGCUGCUCUGUAGUUCCUGACACUGGAUCCGACAUCAUGGCUAUGUCCUCCGCAUAUGCUCGGAAACUUGGACUCAAGAUCCGAAAGGGCAGAAGCCACAGAUGCAGAGUGCAGUUUGUCGAUGGCUCUCUGGGCUUCACCAGUGGUGUGGUGAGAAAUGUGCGAUGGAAGUUCCGCCAAGAAGAUGCACCCAUCAAGUGUGAUUUCCACAUCAUGGACGACCUCCCAGUGAACGCCAUUGUUAGCAACGCCUUUUUGAACGAGUUCGAUGUAUUCUCCAAGUAUGAGGAUUUGAUCAUCGAACAGGAGCCUGAAGAGGAUGAAGCUGGUAUUUACGGUAUCUCUUUAAUUGAGAAAUACCGUAACGAAAUCCGGUCUUUGGAGGGUCAAUAUGUCGAAGAUAGUGAGUAUAAACUGGCCGGAGAUCUUCUUCUGUGA